ACAGUUGUUAUUACACGCACUUUCUCUCUCUACUUUCCAAAAACAAUAUAUACCGUAUAGUACCCUCGCCUGUGAAGCUUCCAUUACAUUUCCACACACACACACACAUCAUAUAUAAUUUUGCAGAGAGAGAAAUUAUUAAUUAAUGUCGAUAAACCACUACUCUUCAGAAAUUCCAGAAACCCAGUGGUGGUCGCUGCACCACCGCGCCACCAUGGAUUCAUCUCCCAAAACCACCUCAUCCUCUUCUUCCAACAACCACCACCACAAAGCCUCCGACGAUAAUUCCGCCUCGUUUUGGCUCAGCCCUCACCAGCUCUACUCCACCGCCUCAGCCGGCGGAGCAAUGUUCUGCCGCCAGAACGCCGCCGCGGCCGGUGGAUUCGACCUCAAUAAUAAUAAUGAGGAUGAAGAUGGCGAUGCAGUGACGACGAAAGAUAGCGUGGUCGAGAAAUCGGAGCUGGGUGGAAUCAUCCCCAAGGACCGGCUGUUCGAGAAGCCGCUGACGCCGAGCGACGUCGGCAAGCUGAACCGGCUCGUGAUACCGAAGCAGCACGCGGAGAAGCAUUUCCCGCUGAACGGCGGCGGCGGAGACUCCGGCGAGAGCGGGCUGCUGCUGGGGUUCGAGGACGAGGUCGGGAAAGCGUGGCGGUUCCGGUACUCGUACUGGAACAGCAGCCAGAGCUACGUCCUCACCAAGGGCUGGAGCCGCUUCGUCAAGGAGAAACGCCUCGACGCCGGAGAUAUCGUCGUCUUCGCCCGCCACCGCGUCGACAGCGGCCGCCUCUUCAUCGGCUGGAGGCGGAGGAACUCCACUGCCGCCGCUGGUCAGGACGCCGCCGCAGCCUCUCAGCCGGCGGCACCCUCAUCCGGCACCCCCAGCGGCGGCGCCGGUGGUGUUUGGAAUAGGGCGGCGGCGUUCUAUUCGGCGCAACCUUAUCCGAUUAGCCGCGGCCAGUAUCAAAUUACGCCAUCUUCUCCUCUACCGAAUCACUCUCUUCAUCCAGGAUCAGUUCCAGUAGUACAGAAGCAAACAACAGGAAGUGGGAAUCCCAAGAGGCUGAGGCUGUUUGGUGUGAACAUGGAGUGCCAGCUGGCAGAUGACGUGUCAGAUCCAUCCACCCCCGUUAUGUCGACCCAGGGUCACCCCCACCAUCCCUAUCACAAUCAUCAUCACUAUAAUCACAUGGAUAUCAGUUUUUCAGGAGGGAAUGAUGAUGUAUAUCGGCAAGGAUAAAAGCUCCUGCAGGAAGUGACUUUUUUUG